CAACUAAACCGUUUUCGUAGCAGCGUAAAGUCACAAAUCAAUUAAUCUCCUAGCUUCUCUUUCUUUCACUGAAUUAUCUAUAUUUGCUCCCUCUAUUUCUCUUCAACAUGUUUACCACCAUUUCUCUGCCUUCCGCCCAUAAAAAUCCCCAUGACCGUGAGGUCUCCACCGUGCCAGAAAGUGAGGUGCUAAAAAGAAGAAAUGAGGAAUUGGAGAAGGAAUUAAAGAAGAGCAUUGAGAGAGAAGAGAAAAUGAGACAGGAAUUAAAUAAGACGUGGGAGAGGCUAAGGGUUGCAGAGGAGGCUGAGGAGCGGCUUUGUUCUCAGCUUGGUGAAUUUGAAGCCGAAGCUGUCGAUCAGGCUCGGGCAUACAGCACACGUGUUCUCAAUUUGAUGGAACAACUUUCUUUGGCUCAGAAACUUCUCGAGUCGGCUUCCAUUUCUGUCCCAAAUUUUCAAUGAUUGUAAGGAAAAUUGAGAUUGACAGUUGACAUAUCA